CCUCAGUCUCUAGAGGGUAAGAAACUUAAGUGCUGAAAGACCACGAAGGGAGAGAGAGGGGAAUAAAAAAGAUCAACAGAAGGAGCACUUACAGACUCACGGACAGGGAGCAAGGCAAUACAAGGGGUACAGAGACACAAACACUAACGUAGCCAUGCCUGAAGCUAAGGAACCAGAAGCCGCACCAGAGGCAGGGCAGGAAAAGCCUGCAGAGGAUGAAGCAAAGCCUGCAGAAGUGGCAGAAGCAAAGCCUGAAGAAGAGGAGGCGGCCCCUGAGAAAACAGAACUCACUGGACUUUUUGUGGAGAAGCCUGAGAGUGUCUGUGCCACAGCAGGGAAGGAUGUCACAUUCGUAGCAAAAGUUGAUUCUUCCAACCUGAUGAGGAAGCCUACCAUGAAGUGGUUGAAGGGAAAAUGGCUGGACCUGGGCAGCAAGGCAGGCAAACACCUGCAGUUCAAGGAGACCUAUGACAGGAACACCAAGAUCUAUACCUAUGAGAUGAAGAUCAUCAAAGUGGUCCCAGGAGAUGCAGGAGGUUACAGAUGUGAGGUCACCUCCAAAGACAAGUGUGACAGCAGCACAUUUGAGGUCACAGUGGAAGCUGCCCAUGUGGAGGAGAGUGUAAACAUUCUGGAGGCAUUCAAAAGAGCGGAUGCGGGAGAGGAUGAAGGUGACCUUGACUUCAGUGCUCUACUGAAAGCAGCUAAAAAGAAGAAGCCAGUGGUACAAGAAAAGGAACAGAUAGACGUGUGGGAACUCCUCAAGAAUGCACAUCCCAGCGAAUAUGAGAAGAUCGCUUUUGAGUACGGCAUCACUGAUCUGCGUGGCAUGCUGAAGCGUCUGAAGAAGAUGAAGACAGUGGAGCCCAAGAAGUGCGAUGCCUUCCUGAAGAAACUGGAAUCAGCUUACUCAGUGGAUAAGGGAAAGAGGAUGACACUGACGGUAGAAGUGGCUGACCCCAAUGCCCAGGUCAAGUGGCUGAAGAAUGGACAGGAGAUCAAACCUUCAGCCAAGUAUGUUUUUGAGUCUUCAGGAAACAAGAGAACACUCAUCAUCAAUAAGUGUAACCUUGCGGAUGAUGCAGCCUACGAGUGUGUCAUUGGAGACGAUAAGUGCUUCACUGAGGUCUUCGUCAAGGAGCCCCCUAUCACAAUCACCAAACUUCUGGAUGACUACCAUGUGGUGGUAGGAGAAAGGGUGGAGUUUGUAGUGGAGGUGUCAGAGGAAGGAGCCCAUGUUAAAUGGAUGAAGGAUGAUGAAGAACUGUCAAGGGAUGAGACCCAUAAGUAUCGCUUUAAGAAGGAUGGGAAGAUGCACUGGUUGAUCAUUAAUGAGGCAACACUGGAUGACAUAGGAAUGUACCAUGUAUUCACCAAUGGAGGUCAUUCCAAGGGUGAACUUGAAGUGGAAGAAAAGGAGCUGGAGGUCCUGCAGAGCAUUGCGGACCUAACGGUCAAGGCAGCAGAGCAGGCCAUGUUCAAGUGUGAGGUGUCUGAUGAAAAGGUGACAGGAACAUGGUAUAAAGAUGGCGUGGAGGUGGUAGCCAGUGAUCGCAUCAAAAUUACUCACAUUGGGAGGAUACACAGGUUGACAAUAGAUGAUGUGAAGCCAGAAGAUGCUGGAGACUACACCUUCGUCCCAAAUGGAUAUGCCCUGUCUCUGUCUGCCAAGCUUAACUUCCUGGAAAUCAAGAUCGACUAUGUACCUCGUCAAGAUCCACCCAAGAUUCACCUGGACACCACUGGAAGCAUGGUUUCCCAAAAUACCAUCAUUGUUGUUGCUGGCAACAAGCUCCGACUGGAUGUAGAGAUCACUGGAGAGCCAGCCCCAACUGUCUGCUGGAUGAAAGGAGACAAGCCAAUUACAGAGGCAGAGGGACGUGUCAGAGUGGAGAGCAGGAAAGACCUGAGCUGCUUUGUAAUAGAGGGAGCAGAGAGGGAAGAUGAGGGGAACUACAUAAUCACUGUCACCAACCCUGCUGGAGAGGACAAGGCCACUCUCCACAUCAAGAUUGUGGAUGUCCCUGACCCCCCUGAGUCAGUCAAAUGCACAACAGUGGGUGAGGACUGCGCCACCAUCAUCUGGGAACCCCCCAAAUUUGACGGGGGUGCACCCGUUAAAGGCUAUUUAAUGGAGAGGAAGAAGAAGGGAUCAUCCAGAUGGACGAAGCUGAACUUUGACAUCUUCGAAUCGACCACCUAUGAAGCGAAGAAGAUGAUUGAGGGGGUGCUGUAUGAGAUGAGGGUGUUUGCUGUGAACGGCAUUGGCAUUUCCCAGCCCAGCCUCAACUCCAAGCCCUUCAUGCCCAUCGCACCCACUAGUGCGCCCACACGCCUACUUGUGGAUGAUGUCUCAGACACCACCUGCACCCUGAAGUGGCUGCCUCCUGACAGAAUUGGAGCGGGGGGUAUCGACGGAUAUAUUAUUGAAUACUGCAAGGAAGGUGACACGGAGUGGGUGGCAGCCAAUAAGGAGCUGGUAGAAAGGAACAACUUUGUGGUCCGGGGACUCCCAACUGGAGAGAAGAUGAACUUCAGAGUGAUGUGUGUCAACAUCGCAGGCCGCAGCCCACCUGCUUUGUUGAGCCAGCCGGUCACCGUUCGCGAGAUUGUGGAGCUCCCCAAGAUCCGGCUCCCACGUCAGCUGAGAACCAAGUACAUCAGGAAAGUGGGCGAUACCAUCAACCUGGUCAUUCCCUUCCAGGGAAAGCCUCGCCCCGUUGCAGAGUGGACUAAGGACGGUCAGCCUAUAGACCCCAAGAAGGUGGGCGUGCGCAACUCCAUGGUAGACAGUGUGCUCUUCAUCCGCUCUGCUGAACGAGAGCACUCUGGGAAAUACACACUCACUGUGCAGAUUGAGAACAUGGAGGACAAGGCUGCUAUCGACAUCCAAAUUGUGGAGAAGCCAGGGCCCCCUGUUGCAGUGAAGGUUACUGAUGUGUGGGGCUUCAAUGCAGCCCUAGAGUGGCAGCCCCCUAAGGACAAUGGCAACUGCGAUAUCACAGGGUACACCAUACAGAAAGCUGACAAGAAGACUAUGGAGUGGUUUACUGUUUAUGAGCACAACAGACGCACAAACUGCACUGUGUCCGACCUGAUCAUGGGGAAUGAGUACAUGUUCCGCAUCUACAGUCAGAACUACUGCGGCUUGAGUGAGGAACCUGGAUUGAGCAAGGACACGGCUGUCAUUGCGAAGACAGGCCUGGAGUACAAUCCCGCUCCCUACAAGGAGAAAGAUAUGCAGUGCUCCCCCAAGUUUACACAGCCCCUGGUGGACAGGUCUGUCAUUGCGGGCUACAGCACUGCCAUCAGCUGUGCUGUGCGUGGUUACCCCAAGCCCAAGAUCAUCUGGAUGAAAAACAAGAUGAUUAUUGGGGAGGACCCCAAGUUCCUCAUGAUGAACAACCAAGGGGUGCUGACCCUCAACAUCCGCAAGCCCAGCCUGUUUGACGGGGGGAAGUACUCCUGCAAGGCUGUCAAUGAUCUGGGGGAGGAUGAGGUGGAGUGCAAGUUGGAGAUCCGAGCAAUCCCAAUUGAAAAAAAGGACUGACGGGAUGAAUCGCAGAAAUCACACAAGGAAAAACAAUAUGCAAAACUACAAGACACAUAUGGUCAUGGCAAAAAAAGGAAACACAAUAAAAUAAAAUUGGAAUCUUAA